AUUUUUUUAAACAACAUAAGUAUAUUAACAUUUGUACGUGCGUGUUAUAAGAAAAAAAAAAUAAGUCUAAAUCAUGGCAAAAAUUAUUUUGCUAUUGUGUACUACUUUUUUCAUAAGUACUUCCUGCUUUAAAAUUGAAAAUGUAAACAAAAAUGAUUUAAAAUCCGAUUUAAGGACAAAAUUGAAUAAAAUUUUAACUACAACUUAUAAAUCAGACAUGAAGGUUAAAAUAAAUAUUAACAAUGAAAAGAAACUCCAUAACGAAGAAAGAAUGUCAAGACUAAGAAAAGAGGAAGAAAUUCUUUCAAAUGAUUUAGAAAAGUUUCAAAAUGGAAAAAUAUUUAAAAAAAUUAAUAUUUAUUGUGAGAAGACAAAAAUUAUUUAUAAAAAACAAAAAAUUGAUGCCUAUGAAAAAUAUGGCCAUUGUUUACAAUUUAAAUACGAUAUAAUUGAAACAAUUGCUGAUAUGAUGUACGAUAGUUAUCCAUUUUUGGAGAAAAUAAUUAAUACCAAUCAACAAUUAACAGAAUGUCUAUCAUUAGAUGAAAAAAAAUAUUCAAAAGCAUCUAAUAGUUGUCUCACAAAGCUAAAGGCAGAUAUAGAUAAAUAUGAAGAAGAAUAUUUAAAAGUAAUAGAAAAUUAUGAAAACCAUGUGAAAAGUAAUAUUCAGAAAUAUGUUCAAUCUGGAUAUCCUGAAUGUGAUAAUUUAUAUAAGAAACGUUAUCAACAAUUGCAACAUAAAAUUGAAAUAUGUUCGUAGUAAGAAUAGUUUUAAUUUUCAAAAUGUAAAAAAAAUUGUAAAUUUUCUUUUUAAUAUUACUAUUACAAUAUUAUUAUUGGCGAGCAUACCCAGACUUACAUCUAGAUUUGACUAUUUUGAUUUACUUUUCUUUUUUAAAAUUUUAAAUGGAUACAUUGAUUGUCCCCCCUUACUAUCACUAAUUAAAUUUUCUAUUCCAAAACGUCAUUCCAGACAUUAUGUACUGUUUCAAAUACCAUAUCAUCGUACAAAUUACAGAAUUAAUUCUGUCAUUAACAGAUUAUCUAUAAAGGCUAAUACGGUUGCUAAUGACAUUGACUUUUUUAAUAUUAAGUUAGAAGCAUUUAAUACAGCACUGCGUAAUCUAUUAUUUAGUAAUUAGUUUCUUUAUUUUAUAAAUAGCAGCGCUAUACAUAUGUAUUAUACAAUUUGUAUUUAAAGGGCACUUUACUUUUGAAGUCCCGUAAAUAAAUAAAUAAAUAAAUAAA